CGCAUGCGUGGUUUGACAACAACAGCGCGCGAUAACUCCACGUGAAGGGACUUUCCAAGAAUUUUAACUUUACCCGCGAUUUUUAACCUGUUAUACUUUCCAAAUCAUGACUAUACUCUAAUGCCAAUUUUAUUUUGUUUCAAACUUUGACAAAAUGCCCGAAAGCUCGAGUGGAGAUGGGAAAGCGGAGAGAGAAAAGACGAAACAGCAAGUCUCCCGUCACCUACGGGCGCUGCUCAUUUCCGCGCCGAACGGGCUCAAUGUGGUCGAAGUUCAAAAUGACUACUUUAAAUUUAUAGGAAAACAUCUACCGUACCGGGAAUUGGGGUAUAAAAGUGCGCUAGAGCUGCUUCAAGCUUUGCCUGACGUAGUUCGACCAUCGUGGGUGCGUGGGGAACUGAUAUUACGAGGCAUUGUUGAUGAAGCAAGCCAAAGGGUGGCCAGCCUAAUCGCCAAGCAGAGGAAAGCACCUAAGAAGUCCCGCGCUACCCAUGUGAUAAGUGUUCGUCCAAGCCUGCCCCCAAAUGUACCAUACUUCACAAGAUCCAAGAUUAAAGAACUACUCUCGUUCUACCCUAGUGGCCUUCUUGGAGCUAUGUUUCCGCAGGCAUAUGAGAGGCACUGUAAGCAUGCCUUGGACGUCAAGGGGAUAGGAUUCGGCUCCUCACAGGAAUUGCUGCGAAGUAUACCUGAUAUUGCAAGGAUUGAGCAAAUGAAGGGAGGAGGGUAUAGGGUUUAUGCAGUGCAAGAGAAGACUCAUGCUGAUCAAGAUAAAAAUAUCAAUUCUUCUGGCAUGACUUGUAAAGUGACCAGCCCACCACGCCCAUCCAAAGUGACCAGCCCACCACGCCCAUCCAAAGUGACCAGCCCACCACGCCCAUCCCGAUACUCCUCCGCAUCCUCUGACUCAUCCAAUAGCAUGCUAGAGCUUGAUAUGAUUGACAACAAGAAAACAGAACUGCCCAACAACAAGCUAGAAGCUGCCAAAUUCUUAAUAGAUUCACAGAAUUCAGUCAGCCGUAUGCUAAGAGAAGAAAUAGCCAAGAUAUUGAAUAUGAGGCCUAACGGAGUGUGGUCAGCACGUCUUCCAGUGGAGUAUAAGAAACUAUUCAAGAAAGAGCUAGUUGUUCGCCAGCACGGCUUUACCAGUGUGAUUGAGCUGGCAGAUGCCAUACCAGACAUUGUCAGGAUUCACAGGCCUACCAAAACUGGUGACUGGCUGUUGCUUGGCAACAAAAAAGGGCCUUAUGCACCAACACAGUCCGACACUAUCGCCAGCACUGAAAUGGCAAAUGAAAUGCCUGCCGUACCUGGUAUUGGCCGUGCCAAGCCCAAACCGGUCAUAUCUAGUGUAGGGCCAGGAAGACGUCAUAAACUUCUGGUAGCUGAUGGUGUUGGUCCAGGUGUAUUCUACUCCAAACUUACUGUCCCAGAGACUGGUUACAAUGAUGUCUAUGUGACCCAUGCCACUGACCCCCAGGAUUUCUGGUUAAUGCUAUUCCAUAACUACCCCAAACUUGAAGCCCUUUCUGAAGACAUCAGGGUGUUCUAUAGCAGUCCAGAGGGUAUUGGCUACCUCAUGCCUGACUGGUUUGUGUCUGUUGGCCAGGUCUGCUGUGCGCUAUAUGAAGAAGAUGGAGCCUGGUACAGGGCUCUGAUCACAAGCUUCACAUCCAUCAGCAAUAUAGAGGUGUUCUAUGUAGAUUAUGGCAAUCGUAGUCAUGUGGCUCUACAUCACCUCAGAGUCAUGAAGACUUCAUUUCUAAAGUUGCCUGCUCAAGCCAUCCAUGCCUCCCUAGCUUACAUCAAGCCUGCUAAAGGGACUGAGUGGUCUCCUGGUUGCUGCCAUCGGUUCUAUCACAUCACCAAGGACUUCAAGCCCCUUGUGGGGCUUUUCUGUGGCGUCAAGGAUGAGACUGUGUCUGUGUGUCUGUGUGACACUAGCCAAACAGAGGACAUCCAUAUAAAUGAUGAGCUUGUAGAGGAAGGCUUUGCUCUCUUCAACCCUCCCUUGAGCCCACCUCCAGUCACUCAGAAACUUGAUGUUUGUGUGCCCAACACCAAGGUCACUGAGCCUCCUGGUCUGUCUGCCCAUGCUCUAGACCCCUUUGUUAUCAACAGUACUAUGAAGGCACCCCCUGGUCUACACCAUCCAAGUAUAACACCCCCUGGUCUACAGCAUCCAGCUUUAUCACCACAGCCUAACAGUGUCUGUAACAAGGACUCUCAAAGCAUAACCAAUAGCAAUGUUAGCAGCACAAGCUUUUCUGCUGAGGUUCCCUUUGACAACCACAUGGACAGCAGGCAGGAUUUAAUAGAUGUAUCUGAGGAAGAGAUGGCGUUUAUGGACGAGAUCUGUGACGAGCUUGACCAGUCCACUGAAGAUCUGUGUCUGCUGAAGAGGGUUACUGUUCUGGAUGUGUGCGCUAUUCAUAUUAUCAACCAUGACUUGAAGCCCUAUGUCACCAGCGCAGACAUUUCAGCCCUCUUCUGGGAAACAGACUCACUGAGAGCAAUGUUGCGGCAGAAGAGGCUGUCUGUUCCAAAACUUGUGGUGUCACAUGAAGAGAAUGGCCCAUUGCUUCAAGAACUGGUCAGGUGUAAUGUCCGUGGGUCAAUGGAAGGAGACAAGCCUCGCACCUCUGUUACACUCUACGCUUUCCAGAGCCUGCCGGAAAUCCUGAAUGCGUUCAGUCACCCAUCGGAGGAUCUGAUGACUCGUGUGUUGUCGGAGAUUGAGCUGUUUGAGAAAGAGGGAGAUUCUUACUGGAUCAUCAAGGAUGACGAUGAAACGUCAACUGGGACCGAGUCUGAGAGUCAGGAUGAAGGAUCGGCGAUGGAAGAGGAGCUAGCCCUGGAGGAGCUCAAGCUGUUUGUCCAGGCCAUGCAGUUCAGAAGGAAGAGAAUCAUCCAGUCACUCAUGAUCCCUGAGGGCGUGGGCACCGGCAGCACGGUGGACGAACUGCUACAAGUUGAGAGGAAGAUCGAGGAACUGAAGAAGCAGAUUAAAUACAGAGAAGACCAAGAAGCCACUAUGGAUCCAACCAAUGCUGAGACCAUCAAUACAAAGUGGAAUCCUUCACAGACUUCCUCAGAUCAGGAAAUGUCAAGCAAAUGCAAACCACAGCCAGUGUCGACGCUAAAGCAAAUGCCUAAGGAGCUUGCGCCAGGUGUAAAAAAUCUCAUGAUAAGCUCAAGUAUACCCGGUCCGUUAAAAGGUAACACAGCGCUCAACACAGGUAUCUCGAAUCUGCCCCCAGCCGUAGAAGCACUUUUAUCGACCCCUGCUGCUGAGCUGAGCAUCAAGCCACAGGUCAACCUUGGCAACAACUGUGCAAGUGCCAUCAUCCCUAGCAACUGCACUGCAAAUACUGUCAUCCCUGGCAACUACACUGCCAAUGAUGCAAUCCCUAGCAACAACACUACAAAUGACGCCAUCCCUGGCAAAUAUACUGCAAAUGAUGUAAUCCCUAGAAACAACACUGCAUACGAUGUCAUCCCUAGCAACAACAAUGCAAAUGAAGUCAUCCCUAGCAACAACAUUACAAAUGACGUCAUCCCUGGUAACUAUGCCAUCUCUAAUAACAACAUCUCAAGCAAUUUUUGUAUACCAAAUGUGACGAGAUCUUAUGGAACUGAUAAUAAUUUAAGCAUAGCAUCUCCUACUGUUGGAGAGACCGAAGCAACACACCGCUAUGGCACUUCAGUGGUUAAGUCUUCAAUAUUGCAUCACCAAGGUGCUUCAUUAACGAGUAGAGAAUAUAAACCGAUGCAAUCCAUAGUGUCAACAGCCCUCGUAAGCAGGCACACUCACUACACCAGCCCCGCCCCAGUGCUGCUGAGCGAGCGACCCUACUUGCAGGCAACUGUGGACCAGCAGUAUGGAAGAGCUUCACCGCUACUGAGUACAAGCCCGGCGUAUCAGCCUCCACCUCAGCAACCACACUAUGUUCAGCAGGUGGGCGUGGCUACCCCCCCUGUCCCACCCUCGAGUUUCCAUUCCCCCUUGCUCGCAUACCCACCGACCUCCACAAAUGUGCCAACACAAGUUCUGGUAGGAAUCCAGGGAUAUGGUCCCCCCGGAAUUCAGGCUAACCCUACUCCCCAGGUACCGAUGUACAGGGGGGUGAACCCUGCGAUGGUUGUGUACCAACAGCAAGCCCAGGGCGUCAGGAAACACUUACCAUGGAACUAGAAACUCACCGUGCAACUAGAUAUUCAAACAGGCGUCACUAACCGUGGGACUAGAAAUCGACAAGGAAUAGCGAUGACACGAAAACUGUACAUAAUUAUCGUUUAUGUAGUUAGGGGGGUUUGUAACAUUGUUCGGUUUGGUUCGGUUCAAUUUUCCUACAAGAAUGAAAAUUAUCACGGAGGGAAGAAUCAUCUUGUGCAAAAAAAUACAAAAGUAUCACUUAAAAGAUUGCUGUUUAUGUUCACUUCGAAACAAAUGACGCGGCAUACCCUCGCUGCUAUGGUAUUCCGUGAUUUAGUUGUAAAUAGAAUUAACAUGGCAUGGAAUAAAUUUUGUUAUGAAAUAA